GUUGAGUAACAGUUGUUCACUUUCUAUCUGAUGCAUUCAGUAAUUAUUUGGGAAGAAAGUUCAACUAUCCUUAAGAAUGGCACAAUAUGAAGGGAUUCAACUUGAGAUCACUGGCAAGGAUCGUGACACCAUGAAGAAUUACAUCCAAAGUUCACAUGAUAUUCUAGUGUCUGCACUGUAUAAUAUUGACCCCCUGCUUGACCAAAUGAUUGCAUCCCAUCUUUUGACCCAUGAGAAUUACUGUGAAAUCCGAACCGAGAAGAUUCCACCGCAAAAGGCUAGAAAGCUCCUUGAAAUUGUGCAGCUUCAAAUGAGUGACAGCGAUGUAUGGAACUUUGUGGAAUGCCUGAAGAAAUGUAAACACCAUUACCCCCGUCUGAAAAAUUGGCUUGCAGAGGACAUUGGAAAGUUUUCAAAUGUUGCAAACAAAACACCAUUCUUCAUUUCUGUUGAUCAGCACACAUUGAAAAACAUAGAAGGCACAUUCAAGGACUCUGCUGAAAGCUUUAGAAGAAUUGCAGCUGACCUGGCUGAGAUACAUGAAUCACCAUUUGAUAUGGGUGAUGUGCCAGAAGACUGUAUCAAGCGUGGAUCAACAGAACAGAAACUACAAAAACAGGCAAGCAUAUUGUGCCAGAGACUUGGUCAUCUGAUCACCCCUAUUGCCAUGAAGUUGUUCUCCAAUGAAACAAUCUCGCAGUAUGAGUUGGAUAUUGUGCAAGGAGAGACCACACUCUACUGUCAAGCCCAGCGUUUAAUAAACAUUUGCCUGCAGAAAGGAGAGCGUUCCUGUCAAAAACUCUAUGAAGCUCUACAUGAUGAAGAUACAGUCCUGGCAGAAGACAUUGAUGAUACAGAACAGCCAGCUUCAUUAUCAUUUCACAAUUCUACUCCACAAGAGGAAACACAGCCAGCCUUUUCCUUGCUGGAAGAUUUGAGACUGAAAUGUGGAUUUGGUGAAGAGAUUCAUCUGCAACAAGUACACAAGGAGCUCACCAGAGAAGCAAUAACACUGCUGCAGUUGGAUACUGGAAGGGUCAUGUCAUUAAAUAUAUGUGAAUUUGGUGUGUUGCUGGGACUACCACGGAAGGAUGUCCAGGAGUGCCUUUUUGAACUUGAAAAUGCUGAAGAUGUUCAUCAACUUGCUGCAGUGAUACAUACAUUCGUGGAAAAAACCAACAAUACUGAGAGACUGAGACAAAAGAUGGCUUCUGUUAACCUCAAUCGUUUGCAACUGUCAUGGAGAGCACAUUUGUUGCUAGAACUUCUUCAAAGUGGCUUAGCUGAUUGUCAUUGCUGUGAAGACGUAAUGCCACAGCUCAGCAAUAUCUGCCUUUUCAUUGUGAGGGACUGCCUGGCUGAAAGGGAAGCAGAUGCUUCCGAAGUACCAACCCUGGAUAUUAUGGGAUGUCUCCAGAAGCUGGAAAGAAACAGAUGUGCAGACAUGAUGAUCCUUAGGGAAUUGGCUGAGCUAUGGAGCGAGGGAUCUUCUGAAAACUUCCAAAAAUGUGUUCCUUUGAUUGCUCAGCUUGUUAAAGACACUUUCCCCCAUGUGGAUACAAUGGAGUUCGAUACAGUUCUAAUACGAAAAGGUGUUUAUCAAUGCCAUCCCCGAUCGCUUAAGCGAGUUGCCAGCUUCAAAGGACUUCCAGCAAGAAUCAUUCAGAAGGUUAUUCAGCCCAAAUCUAUGCUGUCAUUCCUAUCAGAGGAAAUGACAAGCUUUGGAAACCAGGAGCUGAUGGAUGAAGAAUAUGCACAACUAUGUUUGAAAACAUUAAACAUUCUUCAGAGGGUCCAGGACUAUCAGUCCAAUAAGUUGCCAACAAAAUGCAAUAGACAAUUGGACAAAAAAGAAGUUGCAAUAGAAAUCAGGAGACUUUUGACAGCUGAAGAUUUCAGGUGGAAUUCCUUUGAUUCAGGCAUGAGGGCCCGGCUUCUGUCAUUGGUUGACUUUGAGCCCCUCUCCUGCAAAAGGCUUUUGUUUCUGAAACUUCAUUAUGACACCUUCCUUUCUUUAGCAGCGUAUUUGAAGUCUAAUGAACGGCAGUAUUUCCAGUUUGUUUUUGAAGAGGUUCACAUGUACCAGUGUAAUGUGGAGAUGCGUGGGGUGCGCAGUGUACGAGAUCCUGUGACAAUAGACGGGGGAAUGGAGGAGGUUUUCCAGUUUUCCACCUCCGACCGUGCUUCCUUUUUGGUCCAGGUUCAUUGCAGAGGCUAUGUAGACGGUCAAUAUUUCAUGUGUAACCAACCGCUCCUGUACAAGCUGUCCAAUGUAUCCAGCAGUUUGCAAGAAGAGACUAAAAAAGUUGGUACAAUAAUUGCCAAACAAGCUGACACGACUUGGGUACGUGAAAAUCCUGAUGGAGGGUUGAAAGAAAUUGCAGAGAGAAUAACGCAGAGUUCCAUUGGAAAUGUAGAAAUGGGAAGUUGCUGCUUCCUCAUCAAUUCAUGGGGCGUUGAUUGUGGAAUCAGGAUCCUUUACAAGGAUGACAAAAUCAUCGCAACAGCAGAAUGGAAUGCUGAUGUUUGCUGA